AUGUUGACCACGCCGCUUUGCUCCUGCCACAGUGUGGCUGCUGCAGGCGGCGUGCUAGUCUCGUCGACGCCGCCGGUUCCUGGAGCAGAGGCAGCGGUCAAGCACAGCAAGCCGCUUCGCGCGCCUCGUCGAUUAGUAACGACAUUCGCGAAUGGCUGCGAUUCUGCAUGCGUGGAUGCAGACGACGAGGAGAACGAGUUGGGGCUCAAGCAGAGGGGGGGCGCUGCUGACAAGGCGCUGACAAUCAUUGCGCAGGCGAGUGCAACAUCACCCCUCCCUGGAGCUCUGGAGAUCGCAGCAGCAAGCGCGGCUGCUGCUGCAGGCGUGGGGAGGGGGGCGGCUGCAGGGAGGAAAGGGAGAGGAGGAGCAGCUGGAGUUGCUGCUGCUGCUGCUGCUGCUGCUGCUGCUGCUGCUGCUGCUGCUGCUGCUGCUGCUGCUGCCGCUGCUGCCGCUGCUGCUGCUGCUGCUGCUGCUGCUGCUGCUGCUGCUGCUGCUGCUGCUGCUGCUGGUGGUGGCAGGGUGAAUGUUCGUAGAGAGUGGGGCCCCAAGGGGAGAAAAGCAGCGAUGCUUGCUGCUAGGGAGACAGGAGGAGCAGGGAUUGGCAGUGGGAAGGGGAAAUGCCACGAAAUUAGGGAGGAUGGGGACGGGGAUGGGGAGGGAGAGGGGGGAUGUAUUGGGGAGGAUGCACUGGGAAAGGGCUCGGGUGUUGGAGCGGGGGAUGUACCUGUGCUGACUGUGGGAGGAGCAGAAAGCCGGGAGGUUUUUGAGGGCACUGUUGUGAGUGUUGCUACCGUCCGUGGUGCUGGUACACGCGGGGCGGCAAGGGGGAGAAAGGGAGGGAAGAAGGGGAGUGCAGCGGAGGAUCAGCUUCCGUUUUGGGCGGCAGACUCGUUCUCCUUCCCCUACAUCACGCCAGCCACUCCCCUGCUGACACGUGGCAGCACCAGGAAGCGAUUCUUUGCCGCUGAUCUCUCGGUCGCUGCUGACGUGGCAUCAUCCAGUGGCCAAUCAGACGAUCCCGCCCCUGGAGCCAUCUACUUCCCUCGCCGUCUCCCCCUCCUCUACUCCUCCUCCCCUCCCUUCCCUCCUCCUCCUCCUCCUCCUCGUCGUCCCCGCAGCUCCCCCCAUUCCUCUCCUUCCUCCUCCCCUCCCCAACCCACAGCAACCGAACCCCCCAUCUGCAUGGCUCGCUCUUUCACCUUCACAUACGGCUUUUCCAUAAAUGUAUCCGCUUCCCAUGGACUCGCAUUCGUUAUAAGCACACAUGCGAGCGUGGGCCUAGGCGGGGCUUAUAUGGGGUACGGCCGGGACCCAUCCUCGCGACUCACUAACGGCAGCUGGCCGGACGGCGCGCGGAGUGUAGCUGUGCUAUGGCACCCACAGGCUGUAACAAACCCGGAAACUGACGAUCCAAAUGCUUAUCACAUAGGCGUUAACACCGAUUUCAACAUGACUUCGAUUUUCGAGGAGGAGGUGUCAAAUGUGGUGGAGGCAGAGGAGGUGUUGCAGAUGAGGGUUGACUAUCACGGGAGGAGCAAGGAGAUGCUGAUCAGAUGGGAGGGGGAAGGGGGGGAGCUGGGGGGGAGGGAAGGAGGGGGAGGGGUAGCAAGCCACGUGCCUGCUCUGAAGAGUGCUCCUCUGUUCCAUGACACCGACCCCUGCAAGGCCUCUCCCGUGCAGCCCUGUGGCACGGGUGCAUGCACCAAGGCACGUGCCCCGUGGGACCCGUCUAUCCUCGUGCCCUCCUGCAAGUGCCCCUUGAAGCUCCCCUCCUUCCAACCCUCCCACCUUGCCGGCCUGCCCUCCUGCUUCCCUGGUGAGCCGUGGACUGAGGUAGGCAAGAGGCGGAGAGCGGUAGUCUGCUGCUCACUCACUCUUGCUCUCUUCCCACUCUGCUUCCCCGAUUGUCUUUCCCCUUCCCUCGCCCUCCCUAAACCAGAUUCCUUCACAUGUCGCCAGUUCCCCCGCAACCCGUGUGCCCCGGGGGUGUGCAUUGAUGACAUAGAUGGCACCUACUCCUGCCUCUGCCCCUCGCCCUACUUCCCCUUCUACUUUUACCCCAAAGGCGCUGCCCGCUGUUACCAUUGUGCGUACCACAUGCCCAUCCGAUGGCUCUUAUCGUCAUGGCUCUCAUCACAUGCACCUCUGCGAUUGGCUGAGACUCGAAUGCCCACCUUCCUGUCGCCCUACGGCCUCACAUGCGCGCUCAUCCUCAACACCUACGGGCUCACCCAAGCAGACUUCUUCAGCCAAAACAAGGGGUUCCAGUGCCGAGCGCCCAUCCCUGUAGGCACUCUUGUUAACGUCACCAGCCGGGCUUUCUCCCAAUGCACUGCCAUGUACACUGCUAAUUAUGGUGACACGUGUGACUCACUCAACGCCCUCUUCUCCACGCAGAUACAGCCGCUCAACCCCGCCCUCACCUGCUCUGAUGGGCCCAGACCCGGCCAGCUCCUCUGUGUAUCCCUCAACCAGACGUGGCUAGAAGAGGGAAUGACCCGCAUAUCAUGCAAGCUCCAGGCCCAAAUCACCCCAGCCGUGACACAAACCCCGCCCACAACCUCACCCAGCCCUCAACCACCCCCUCCUCCUCCGCCUCUAGCCAACUACACGAGCGUAGGUGUGCUCGUGACGGUCCUCCAGGGCCCGCAGACCUGCCAGCAGCUGUGGCGGGCGUUUGCCAUCGCCUCCCCCACGCGCUUCUUCCAGAUGAACCCCGGCCUCUCGUGCGACUCGCUGCUGCCGCACAGCCCCCUGCAGGGCAACAUGAUGAGAAGGCCCCCUCAAAUCGCUUGGCUGGCCUGGCCGAGUCACACACAGGCACCACCUGCCAAAAGGCCAUGUAGGCCUCACAUCUGGCCUCUUUCCAUCCGUCUCCCUGUCCCUGCUUCUCUCUCAUUGUCUUCCAUUCCUGUUUCUGUCGGCUGUUGGUGUGUCCCUCUCCCUGUCCCUGCUGCUUCUCUCCCUGUUUGUCUUCCAUUUACGCUCUGUCCCUGA